UCUCUCUCCUAAAGCAAUCAAGAUUCAUUCACUCUCGUAAGGCAAGCCUCCUCCCUAAGCAAGCAAGAAAGCAAGCAGCCAUGGAAACGGAAUCCCAAGAAUCCAAGCUCCAGCACGAUACCCUAAUCAGCUCCUUCUGCGAGAUCGCCUCUUCCUCCAAAGAAGAAGCCAUCUUCUUCCUCGAGAGCCACAAUUGGGACCUCGACGCCGCCGUCUCCACCUUCCUCGAUGACAACUCCGUCGCCACCGCCUCCGCCGCCAUGGCACGCGGCGACAUCCCCGCGUCCUUCUCUCCGACGCAUUUUAAGUCGCCGGAAUACUCUCCCUCGCAGUCCCCGUCGAGGUCUCCGUCGCGGUCUCCGUCGCGGUCUCGCUCGCCCUCGCCCACCCCGUCUCGCCGGCCCUACGAGCUCGGAUCAAGGGAUAAGAAGGCCACCACGAAGCCGUCCGGGAGCCGUCGUGAACGUAUCGUCCGUACACUCGCCGAUCUGAACCGGCCUGCUGAUGAUGCCUCCGACGAGAACUCGGAUGAGCCCCAGGAGUACUACACUGGCGGUGAGAAAAGUGGAAUGCUUGUACAAGAUCCUAAAAGAAGUAAUGAUGUGGAUGCCAUUUUCAAUCAAGCUGAGCAGUCUGCGGCUGUACAAGGACCUCCCGAGCAACUUCGACCUUCGAGCUCGAAAAGCUUCACUGGAAAAGCAAGAUUGCUCUCGGGAGAGACUGUGCCAUCUGCCCCUCAGCCGCCUGAACCUGUACAUCACACGAUUACUUUUUGGACGAAUGGAUUCACCGUCGAUGAUGGUCCACUGCGUCGACUCGAUGAUCCUGCAAAUGCCCCCUUCUUGAAGAGCAUCAAGAAAAAUGAAUGUCCAGUGGAGCUUGAACCAGUCGGAAGGAGGACCCCAGUGCAUGUCGAUAUGAUUAGGCGGCUAGAAGACUACACUGAACCAGUGAAGCAGAAGACUGCUUUUCAGGGAGUGGGAAGGACUCUUGGUAGCAGCAGUGGUGCCUCAUCAGCUGCCUCUGAGACAAACACCGCUGCUACUUCCCUGACCAGCGCACCAUUACUGUCGACGGGUUUGGUUGUAGAUGAGUCAUUGCCGUCGACCUCUCUUCAACUGAGGUUGGCAGAUGGUACUCGCAUGGUUUCUCAUUUCAACCACCGCCAUACAAUCAGAGAUGUCCGCUCUUUCAUUGAUGCGUCGAGGCCUGGCGGGUCGAGAAGUUACCAACUACAGACAAUGGGGUUUCCUCCCAGAAAGCUGACUGAUCUGGACCAGACCAUAGAACAGGCUGGGAUAGCCAAUUCAGUUGUCAUCCAAAGGCUCUAGGAGGUUUGCAUGUCGUACUCAAAUUUCAAGCAGUCCACAUUCAGAAAAAAUGCAUAUUCUAUGCUAAACACAGUUCUAUUUUCCUUCUGAUGAAUCUACGUCAUACAUAAAUUGUUCAGCAUUCUAAUUUUCUUUCGAUGAAUUUACGUUAUGCAUGAGGUUUUCUUAGUUA